AGUCACCCACCCCCUUCCCUCCCGAUAGACCUGAGUGCAUGAUCCCAGAUUACGCUAUCCCCAGUUCGUUUCCUGAUCUGGCCCCUCUCAAAUACCAGGAACAUCUACGUUCUACCAGCAUAGCCUAGUAUAGGGACCGUAUUCUCAAGAAAACAGGGAGAAACGAAAAAAGGUGGGCUGGGGCCCAAAAAUAUUGCACCAGAUCCUUUCGUGUAUCAAAGAGGUACUUGCAACAUAAGGAUCCCUGUGUAACCCGUGUCAAAGACAUGGGAAACUAAAUUACACGAGAUCAACUUGGUGAGAUUUUACAGAAUCAUCAUGGAGCGUCUCCUACAUGUUGAGUUGUUAACACAAAGUGGCAGUUUCAGCUGAGACGACUGCCUGCCAGAUCGUAUGCUGGCCUGAAGUUUAUUUUUGCAGGAAGCAAGCUGUUUCAACAAGGCAAUGCAGUCCUUCCGGGAGCAAAGUAGUUAUCAUGGAAAUCAACAAAGUUAUCCUCCAGAUGCUCACAGCGCCUCCAGGUUGGAUGAAUAUACUCCACGUCAGCAAGCACAGAUUUUCCAGACAAGCUUUGGGGGGCGAAGAGGGGGAGCUGGAACUCCUGCCAUCCCUCAAGGAGAAAGCCACAGUUUGCAAAGCUAUCAGCCGUAUCGUAAAGAAUCUGCUGACUUCUACUACCUAAGCAACAAGGAAGGUGCCCCAUCUGGGAGCCAGACCCAACAGCGUCGGUCAUCUGGACCAGUGCAAAGUUAUGGACCUCCACAGGGAAACAAUAGUAGCAACAGUAGCACUGGCUUUGGUGGCCACUAUAGCAGAGAAGGGCAUCUCAACCAAUUUACUGGUCAGCAUUCAGUGGCAGGCAGUCUGUCCCAGUAUUCACAAGAUUUUACAGGCUCCUUUUCCCCUGGUGGAGGGCAAUAUCCAUCCCAUGUACCUAAUCAGCAGAUGAGGCAACAGCUUUACCAGUCACACCAGCCCCUCCCUCAGUCUGCCAAUCCAUCUACAAGUGCAAGCACAUCUCAUUUGCAACAGAUGCAACGCUCUGCAAGCGUAAGCUCACCUGCAGGAUAUCCGCUACGAGUAGGGCAGUUUCCACAACACUACCAGCCAUCUGCGGGUUCUUCUAGCUCUUUCCCUAACUCUCAGCGAUUUGGACAGUCUGGGGCAAGCUAUGAGAGUUAUAGUCCCGGAGGCACUAGCUCUACAUAUGAGAGCCAUAUUCCAGGGUCGUCAUAUGGGGCACAGCAAGCAUAUGGCAGCUAUAGCAACCAGCACUUAAAAGGAUUUGAGGCAUCUAAGUUGCCUCAUGGGGGAGUGCCAGGGCAGCAACAGCAGCAGCUGCCUAAUGUGAUGCAGUACUCAAACACUACUAAAAUUCCCAUGCAAAACACAGCUGGCCAAUACAGCCAAUCUGAAGUACCUGUACGAUCUCCAAUGCAGUUUCAACAGAAUUUCAGCCCUAUAUCUAACCCAUCUCCUGCUGCUUCAGUGGUUCAGUCACCUAGUUGUAGCUCCACACCUUCACCGUUGAUGACCAGUGGGGAGAGCCUGCAGUGUGGACAAGGCAAUGUUCCAUUGCCAUCCAGGAAUCGUAUCCUACAGAUGAUUCCACAACUAAGCCCUAACCCCCAAGCUGGAGGUUUCAAAGGCUUUGGAGCGGAAGGGCCUUCGGAUAAACGUCUUGUAGAUCCCGGUCUCAGUAGCCUCAGUGCACUGAGUAGCCAAGUAGCAAAUCUGCCCAACACUGUACAGCAUAUGCUUCUUUCUGAUGCCCUUGCACCCCAUAAGAAAGGUGGGAAGAGAACAUCAAAGAAGACCGAUAGCUGUGCCAAUUCAGAAACUUCUUCCCAGGCAGAAGAACACCUGAAAUCUCCAGUGGCAGAAUCUUUGGACGGCAGUUGCUCUAGUAGUUCAGGAGACCCUGGUGAAAGAGUUAGGCAACUUAGCGGCCAAAGUACUAGCUCAGAAACUGGAUGUAAGGGGCCAUCCUCAGAAAAGCCGUUGUCACCAGUCCAGUUAUGGCAGAAUGAGCCGCAAAGCAAAACUCCAGUAAAAGAGAUGGAGAGUGUCCUUGAGUCUACAGACCCGUUACAAGAAAUGCCUAAGUCUAGUGAGAAGUCUGUGGGUGUAAUAGUUUCUAUGGAAGCUAUGACAAGCAGGUCAGAAAAGACAACAGAUGAAAUUCCAGUACCCCCUGUCGAUGAAGUUGAAACAGUGUCACAGCCUGAUGUUACUGAAGUGACUAAAGAGGACAAAGUCAGAGAUUGUUCUGCAAGCCAAAAUGGAGAACAGAGUGUUGCUGAUUCCAGUUCUGCAUCAGCAGCGAGUACAAGAAUAGAAGACUCUAAAUCUCCUGUAGGUUCCGGAUUUGGUUUCAAGGAAGGAUCAACAGGAUCUCGAAAUGCUAGCACCUUGCCUCAAAAUCCCAAAAACCUAGAGACUGGGGGUUUCAGUGGGCAGGGUGACCGGAAAACAGGAGCAGGAAGAAGUGAUAAGUUCCCGAGCCUUUUGCAGGAGGUCCUCCAAGGACAUCAUCAACAGGAAAGAAGGUAUGCAAGAAGCACUCAGGACCCUCCAACAGUAACUGGAAGUGCUGAAGUGUCUCUAAGGCCACAUGUUCUCAUGAGCCAGGCCAGUCAGCUACCCAACAGCAGUACCCAUGGUAAGACUUUAGCACCUCAUUUAGAAACCCCACAUUGGGGCUCUUGGGAUAGGAAGUUGACAUCUGAGGUUAGACAGAUAAACCUAGCAGAUUAUCCCAUAAGCAGAAAGUUUGAAGUGGAUCAACCAGUUCCCUGCCACGAGUCUGGUCCCUCUGAAAGAAGAUCUGUUAUCUGUGACAUUUCACCACUGAGGCAGCUUGUGCGUGAUCCUGCUAGCUCCCACCAUAUUGGCUCAGGUCAAGAGAGGCCACAUGAUGCUAGACCUGGGCAGUCUGUGAUUUUACCUAGUGGAUUGAUGUCUUUGGAUGUGAAAACUAAUAGCCAAACUGGAACACCUAAAGUCGAUGAUACUGAGGCAUCACAAAUGCACAGAAAAAGAACUGGAGAACAUUGCAUGCCAUAUAGCACCAAAGAUUCAACAAGAGGGAAUGCUAGUCCAAGAGCCAUGACUUAUGACCCAAACCAGGACUAUAGUUCACAUAACAGCCGAGCAUCGCAUCCCAAAAGAGGAACAGGGAGAGUGGGAUCUCGAGGAAGAUCACAUGCGCAGACUCAGGAUCUUAGUGACAAGCUUAAGAUGUCUCCAGGGAGAAGCAGAGUAACAACAGAUGUUCAUCACAUAAAUCCAACAAUGAGCCUUUCAGAGCGAGCAAGUAGGGAAGCCUUUUACUCUGCUUUCUUCCAAAAUACAGACAGUGCUUCUCUGGGUUUCCAUGCAAACUGCAGAUCAAGUUCUUAUGGAGAGCCUGUCCCAGCUUUUAAUUCUCCUGUACAUUACAAAAGACAGGUGUACCAACAAGAUGAAUAUAAAGAGUGGCUGGGAAACUCUGCCCAAGCUAUACUCUCUGCAUCACAGCACCGUCAGGAAAUGCAACGUAAAAGCCCUAGACAAGAGUCGUUUAAUGUACGUAGUCCUGGUAGGAGUGACAAUGAAGGAUUAUCUUACAACCAGCCAGGUUCAUACCAUGAUCCCAGUAACAUGGAUUUAAGUCGACAGCUUCGUAUCGGUGAUGGAGGUUUGACCAACUUGGCCACGUUGGAGUUAAAAUGCAGUAGUCAAAAGACUCUGCCAUGUGAGUCCUCCAAUUGGAAUCUUGGCCAACAGUCUUCUCCAGUGACAAAAAUAGGAUCCCCUAUGGCAACCAGCCAGAAGCCUUUUAGUCCCAUUAGGGAACCAGACACUCAUGCAUCAUCCAGACCUGGGGAAUCAGCUGAACUUUCCAAAGCUGGGGUCAGUGGUCAACGGCCUGAUGAACAGUCACACCACAACCCUCUUAUCAUGAGAAGACGAGUGCGUUCUUUUAUCUCCCCUAUUCCUAGCAAAAGGCAGCUUCCUGAUGACAAAGGUCGUCCUGCUAAUUCUGCAAGAGAGUUGUGUGACAAAAUUCCCAUCUCUCCUGUUUUAACCUUAAGGGGCAAAGAGAGCGACUUCUCUAUGACAGAGGAACAAUCUAAAGGUGGCCCUGAAGAGAGAAGUCCACCAGCUGUGUCAAUAUCCAGUCCAGCGAAGACAAAAAUUCUUCCUCCACGAAAAGGAAGAGGUUUGAAACUGGAAGCCAUAGUACAGAAGAUCACUUCACCUAAUGUGCGCAGGACUGUAGCUCCAAUCACCGCAGAGAGCACAGCUGAAACUGUAACACUUGAUGAUAUCCUGUCUCUCAAGGGCAAAGGCCCAGAGGCUGGGAAUGGAUCCCUUCCGGAGUCAGCAGGGUUGUCUAGAGAAGUGUGUCUAGAUGUUUUGUGUACUGAAGAUGUAAAAGGUAAAGGGCUAUCUCCUAAAUCCGUUGAGACCUGGAUUAUACACGAUGACAAGAAAAUAAAAAAGGAAAUUGAUGAACAGUCCUUGGAAACCAAAGACCUUCUUCAGUCUGUGCCACCAAUUCAAACUUCAUCCAGCCAUUGCAUAGAAGGAAGAGAAUCCUCCCCAGUCCUAGAACAAAAAUGUUCUGUGCUUCCGAUGCAGGUUCGUGAAGCUGUAGAUAAGGAAAAGUUAGCUAACCCUGCUUGUUCUGUAUCCCCAAAACAAGAAGUUUUCCCCCCCAAAGGAUACUUUCCAUCUGGAAAGAAAAAAGGUCGUCCCAUUGGAAGUGUCAAUAAGCAGAAGAAACAGCAGCAUCAAUCACUACUUUUACAAGAACAGAAACCGCAGCUGCACCUCCCUGCCACUCCAGUUUUGACACCUGCUUCUCCUUUGCAGCUACAGACAGUGUUGGAACAAGGUCCUGAGACAGAACCUAAACCGAAGAGGAGGAGAAGAGAAGGAAAGAAGCCUGCGAGCACACAUAGAAGAAGAAGGGCAAAGCAAGCUGCACCGAUUGUUACUCCUAUAGAGCCAGAGAUUAAACUUAAGUAUGCCAGUCAAACAUUAGACAAGAGUGAAACCAAAGUAAAGUCAUUUUACCCUUAUAUACAUGUAGAAAACAAAGAGGAGCUAGGCUUGGCAUGUGUUAUAAUUAAUGCUGAAGAAGAAGAACAACGUUGGAAAAAAAUGACAUCUGUGCGUAAGGGUCAAAGAUCUACAUCUCCACAACCCAGUACAGAGAGCAAAGCUCUUCCUGUCUCAAGUUUCAUGGUACAAGGCCCUGCGGUUACAGAGUCUACAGCCAUGGGUCCACUUGUAUGUUGCUUUUGUGGUAAGUGGGCCAAUUAUAGGAAUCUUGGAGAUUUGUUUGGCCCUUUUUAUACUCAAGAAUAUGCAUCGAUUUUAUCAAAGAACCCCCCUACCAAGAAAACAUCAGAAACCCAGAGCAAAGUCAAGGUUCGACACAAAGAUCCAUCUGGUAUUUCCAAGAGUGAUUCUGAUGAAGAGGAGGAAGAGCCACAGCAGGCACGAGAGCAAAGAAGUUUGUCUGCUCAUCCCCGUUACAAACGACGGAAUCGUUCGGGAGACUGUGCAUCUUCCAGACUCUCUGUACCAUCCCGUCGAAAGACUGCAGACCCUUGUGAACAAAACUCUGUGGACCCCAGUGGGACUCCAGGUGUUGCAGAUGGUUCACUUGAGCAAGCAUGUCAGAUUCCCCAUCUACCUCUCGAUACCAAUGAAUUCUGGAUGCACGAGGGGUGUGUACUCUGGGCCAAUGGUGUCUACUUCGUGUGUGGCCGAUUGUAUGGUUUGCAAGAGGCUAUUGACAUUGCCAGAGAGAUGAGAUGUGCUCACUGCCAGGAGACUGGAGCUACACUAGGCUGCUACAACAAGGGUUGUACCUGCUGCUAUCAUUUCCCAUGUGCCAUGGACUCAGAAUGUUUACUGAAUGAAGAGAACUUCUCUGUACGCUGCCCCAAGCACAAGAACAAGACAGUAAAGGGUAUGUCAGCAGAACCGCCUGAACAGGGCUGAUGGGGGGGCAUAAGUCCUAAAGUUGAAAAGUAAAUUCAAGCACAGGUAAAGCUUUUAAAAUAAAAAGGGUCCUUACGCCGUUGUGCAGAGAAAAUAUCUUCCUCAUCUUCACUCUGGACACCACCUUCUCUCGGGAUUUGUCCUGUGUAGUUUGGACAUUUUCUUUGUGGACUUACAAUGUUACCAAGGAUGUCAGCAGAAGAUGUUCGCUGUCUACACAAUGCAAUCUAAAUCCCAGAAUAAGGGACAUGGGUUGUUUAACACAAUGUGGGAAGUAUUAAUACAAAAAAGGAAAAAAAAUACAA